UUCCUUCCCUUUGCUUCGUUUCUCUCUCCAUAAGCUUUUUCUUUGUGCUUAUCCUCUUUGAGGUUCUGCUUCUCCUUCCUUUGGGAUUCUUCAAUUUCUUCGUUCUUUUGGGGUUUGAUUUGAGGGUUUCUGGGGGUUUUGCUUUGAUUUCUUGGGUAGAAUCCUUGUUUGGGGGAAACCCAGUUCCGAAAAUUCUGUAUUUUUGUUGAAUCUGGUGUUUCUCUUCCAUUUCUUGGUGGGUUUUCCUGUUUGGAGAAAAAUCAAGCUUCAGAAUCUCUUCUCGUGGGAGAUUUUUGAGGUUUCUCUUUGAUUUCUUGGACUGAUCUCUUGUUUGAAGAGAACCCAGUUCUAAAAUCUUGUCUUUUUGGAGGAUCUGGUGUUUGUUUUUCAGUUCUUGUUUAUAUUUCUGUAAUUGGUGAAAAACCCAGUUCCAGAAUCUGGUUUUUUACUGUAGAUUUGAGGAUAUAUUGCUUGUUUCAAAAUACCCAGUUCCAAAAAUCGUGUCUUUUGGGCGAAUCUGAUGCUUCUUUGAUUUUUCUGUCUUCUUCGUUGGGUGAUCUGUUGAUUUUAAUCAGAGAUUCUGCUUAUGAUUUCAAUGGUUUUAGAUCUAAUUCAGAGGAAAAUCUUAUUAUAGCCUUUAUGAACUACACGACCCUUCGACGUCGGAUCCGUCUUCUCCAAUCGUUCUCUGUCGUAUUUCUCUACUGGUUCUACGUUUUCUCAUGAAGUGAUCAUCUGUAAUUGAUCCGGUUCGUUACUUAUAACACCGUUCGUUGAUUAAUCGAAGCCCACAAUCACUUGAUUUUUCAGCGAUCAAUCGGACCCUACAAUUGAUUGAUCUUUCAUCGAUUAAUCGGAGCCGACAAUUGCUUGAUAUUUCAUCACAAAAAAGAAAGGAGAAAAUCGAAAAAAAAAAUGUCUUCCCACCAAACUUCCGGGUCCGAUGAAGAUCCUCAACACAUUGUGGUGGAUCAGAGGAAACAGAGAAGGAUGAUUUCUAACAGGGAAUCUGCACGGAGGUCACGGAUGAGGAAACAGAAGCACUUAGAUGAUCUGCUAACCCAAGUGACCCAGCUGAAAACUGAGAACAAUCAGAUCUCGAAGCGGGUUGAUUUUGCGACGCAGCAUUUUCUGAAUUUGGAUUCGGAGAACACGAUCUUGAGGACGCAGGUGAUGGAGUUGACUGAUAGAUUGCAAUCUUUGAACUCUGUUCUUCAUAUCAUGGAGGAGGUCAGUGGUCUGUCAAUGGAUAUUCCUGAAAUUCCAGACCCGCUGUUGCGACCAUGGCAGCUUCCUUGCCCUUCUCAGCCCAUCAUGGCAUCUGCGGACAUGUUUCAGUGUUGAAUCAUCUGUAUUGGAGAACCCAAAUUGCGUCUUUAAAAUUUCAGUUAGAUAUGUUUGUGUUUUUGUUUUCCCCUUAUAUGUUACUGUUUAGUGUUUGAAUUUGAUCUGUUUAUGUGGGUUUUUGUUAUCAUUGUAAUCUAUCUAAUGUUUUAGUGUUUUUGGUUCUACCAAAUGGUGAAAAAUGGGGAAUUUUAGUGUUUGGUUCUAUCAAAUGGUGAAAAAUGGGGAGUUUGAUUGUA